AUGCUAUUCUUAUACAUCGCAAUUUCCGCAUCGGCAGUCAGCAAUGUCCUGGUCCGCGAAGACAGGGGGGAACAGCGUCCCAUAUUCUAUGUCAGCAAAUCGCUAAGUGACGCCGAGGCCAGAUACCCGACCUUGGAAAAACUGGCGCUUGCGGUGGUGACUUCUGCUCGGAAGAUUCGGCCAUAUUUCCAGUCUCAUUCGAUCACAGUCUUGACCGACCAGCCGCUCCGAACCAUUUUUCACAGUCCAAGCCAGUCGGAAUUCGUCGUCGAACUGCCGCCUCGCGAGGUAUGGAUUUUGCAUGUCGACGGAUCGUCAUCCCACCGGGGAUCAGGAGUCGGAAUCCGCCUGAAGUCCCCAAACGGCGAGAUCCUCGAACAGUCGUUCCGCCUCGAGUUCCCAGCGUCCAACAAUGAGGCCGAGUACGAAGCUCUACUUGCCGGACUGCGAUUGGCCACAGAGCUCGGCGUGCGACAUCUUCACGCCUUCUGCGAGUCGCAGCUUGUCGCAAGUCAACUAAGUGGAGAAUACACGACCAAGAACGAACGAAUGGAUGCGUACGUAACAACGACUAAGGCUCUCAUCUCUAAAUUUGAGACAUUCGAGCUCACGAAAAUCCCUCGCGGCGAGAACUCAUCUGCUGAGGCGUUAGCCGCCCUGGCAUCCAGUUCCGACCCGUAUAUGAAGAUAAGGAUCCCGAUCGAAAGUAUCUCAGAGCCCAGUAUCAAAACCGCGCUGGAAUGCAAUGUUGCUACUCGCCGACAGAACUUCGACGAAAAUCCGAUCUCGGUAAGUACACAAAACAGGAACUCGACCCGGACGAACGAGAAUGCCGAGCAGGAACUUAAGGAAAAUGCCGAGCAGGCUCCAGAAGACCUAGCCGCCGAUCAUGACUUCGAGCACAUAACCGAAGGAAUCCACAGUCCGUCAACUAGCGAAAACCAGGAAACCAAAUCCGCCGAAGAUUGGACAGUCGAACUGCGAGAAUACCUCCUCAACGGCAAAGUCCCUAACGACAAAUGGGCUGCUCGCCGUCUUAAAGUCCGGGCUGCCCAUUACACAAUGCACAAUGAUAAGCUAUUCCAUUGGAGUGCAUCUGGAGUACUCCUGGCCUGCGUUUCCGGGAAUGAUACAGUUGAAAUCAUGCGCGAAAUCCACGAAGGGUCCGGCGGCAAUCACUCCAGAGGUCGAUCUCUUGCUCUGAAAAUCAAAAAAGCCAGCUAUUUCUAG